CGAAGAAGAGAGAAGGGCGAAACCCUCGAUUCUUCUUCUGUUGCUUCAUGUUCUUGUUCUUCUUCUUCUCUCAUUCUCUUUCGGGGCGAGAAGCCUCUCCCCGAAGGCGAGAAGAGAGCUGACUGAUGGCGCCAAGGCGUGCGGCACGUCCUCGUCGGCGGCGUCGUCGGCCUCCUCCUCCUCCUCCUCGUCCAGGUGCCACUGCUGGACAAAUUCGCAAAGCGGCUGUUAGAGGAGGUGCAGCUAGAAAAAGAGGAGUCGACCUGAACGAAGGCGAUCGAUUGGUUGGCGGACGGGAUCCUCUUGCGAACCCCAUCCCAUCGAGGAGAUUCUCUGCUCGGCUUCUGGCGAAGAAACGACUCGCCGUAUUCGUUGAGCGUCCAGAGGUUGCUGCUGAUUACAUUGUCACGGAGAAAAAGGAUGGCAGAGAAUCCAGUAGUUUGCGUCGCGAUUCCCCUGAUGAGAAGGGAAAUUCCAUGAUUGACUCAAGGAAGAAAACUGGAGCCCCUACCCUCGCUUCAGCUCUUACUGCUCAAAACAAGGUAGAGUUUUCAUAUUCUUCGCUGAUAGUAAUUUCUUCAUCGGUGUUUUUUCUGUUGAAUUCUGUAUUUUGAGCUCCC